CUGAAAAUAUUCCGUAAUCUGAGGACAGAAAUCAUAUAGCUCUGUUCAGUGACGUCUGCACUAAAGUAUUAGGCUCUUACUUUAAAAUACUUUUAAGUUGUUUUAUUGAAUUUUCUAUAGACACAAGUGAUAUAUAUUUUAAUCGUUCUUUAAAAUUGCGAGUGCGCUGUAAAAAUUUAUCAACAAUUUCAUUAAAAAACAUGGAUUACUUUCUAGAACUAAGGGGUCAUCAAAGAAGUCCUUCUGACAAUCAAGAGUUUAGAGAAAGAACUAAAAAAGAUGCCUUUAAUCAUUUAGAAAACGAACUUGAUAGAUUGCAAGCAACAGCUCCUGAACCCCUAAGAGAAGCUUUUGGACAGGAGUUUAGAGGUUUUAAAAAUUUGUUCAAAAGGUUUCUGAAAGAAGAAGGACCCUCUUUAGAGUGGGAUCGUAUACAAAAAUUACCCGACAAUGCAAUUUAUGAUUAUUGUGAUUUAUCUGAGCCAAGUGUAGCAGAAAUCAAAGAACUGUUGAAUAAAUUAGUAGUCGUAAAAUUAAAUGGCGGUCUUGGCACAAGCAUGGGAUGUCAUGGUCCAAAAUCAGUAAUAACUGUUCGUAACAAUUUUACAUUUUUGGAUCUUACAGUUCAACAAAUUGAAAAUCUAAAUAAGACUUAUGGUGUAAACGUGCCCCUCAUUUUAAUGAACUCUUUUAAUACGGAUCAUGAUACACAAAGAAUAAUCAGAAAGUACAAGAAUUUGGAUGUUGAGAUACAUGUAUUUAAACAGAGUUGCUAUCCACGAAUAUCUAAAGAUUCACUUCUUCCACUUGCUCAAAAUUGUAAUGUUGAUCAAGACUUGGAAGCUUGGUAUCCACCUGGUCAUGGCGAUUUUUAUGAUAGCAUUAAAAAUACAGGAUUAUUAGAUAAGUUUAUUCAACAGGGCCGGGAUUAUUGUUUCAUUUCCAAUAUUGAUAAUCUAGGUGCUACUGUUGACUUAAAUAUCUUGAAUUUCUUUAUAAAAAAAGAUAAAACUGACAAUGUCGAAUUCCUUAUGGAAGUUACGGACAAAACACGAGCUGACGUAAAGGGAGGAACUCUUAUUUUGUAUGAAAAUAAAUUGCGACUCUUGGAAAUCGCUCAAGUUCCUAAAGAUCACGUUGACGAAUUUAAAUCAAUAAAAAAAUUUAAAUAUUUUAACACAAAUAAUUUGUGGGUCAAACUUACUGCAAUUGAUAGAGUUUUAAAUUCUACUGACAUGAACUUGGAAAUAAUUGUCAAUGAGAAGACUUCUGAUACUGGCUUAAAUUUUAUUCAAUUAGAAACGGCUGUAGGGGCAGCUAUGAAAUCAUUUGGAGGAAGUCUUGGUAUUCGUGUUCCACGGAGUAGAUUCUUGCCAGUGAAGAAAACUUCUGAUUUGUUAUUAGUUAUGAGUAACUUAUAUGCUUUAAACAAUGGUUCCUUAGUAAUGAGCCCUAAACGAAUGUUUCCUACUACGCCGUUUAUUAAAUUGGGUGAUAAUCACUUUUCUAAGGUUCAUCAGUUUUUAACUAGAUUUGCGACAGUUCCUGAUAUUCUUGAAUUGGAUCAUUUAACUGUAUCUGGUGAUGUAACAUUUGGCAAAGGCGUUUCUUUAAGAGGAACUGUAAUCAUUAUAGCGAAUCAUGGGGAUCGUAUUGAUCUUCCAUCUGGUACUAUAUUAGAAAACAAAAUUGUUUCUGGCAAUCUUCGUAUUUUAGAUCAUUAAAUUUCAAUGGGUAUUCUUUAAGUACUAAGGAUAAAAAUAAAGAUCCUUCAAAGUAAAUAUAAUAAAUUGUACCAAUAAUUACCAAAAUCAUGUAAAAUAUAACUUCAAGUUCCUGAUUUGAAAUAAGGUCAAAAUAUUCCAUUCUUAAGUAAAUUGUUUAUGAGCAUACGGAGCAGCAUGAAUUCGUCGGUUUAUUCUAGUCCAUCAUAUAAUUACAUGCAAAGAGUUUCUCAAAUCAAAAUAUAAUUUAAAGUUAAACUAAACUGGUUUUCUUGGCUAUAAUAACAUGUUCAGGUGCAAUAACUGCCUCUACACACGAUGUAAAAUAUGUUAAUUUGUUUGAUAUAUUAUAUAAAGAGACAAUUAUCAA